AUGUUCACGCGCCGGAAAUGGACUUGAAGAGUGAGACGACGUAGUUGGGGACGCUGCUGUUUGGCAGUCGUUUUGGAGUGAGGGGCUUCCCGGCUUUGGGAAGUGACCGUUGCCAUGGCGGCCCAAGGGGGCCUGGUGGCCAACCGAGGCCGGCGCUUCAAGUGGGCCAUUGAGCUGAGCGGUCCUGGAGGAGGCAGCAGGGGCCGAAGUGACCGGGGCAGUGGCCAGGGCGACUCCUUAUACCCAGUCGGUUACUUGGACAAGCAAGUGCCUGAUACCAGCGUGCAAGAGACAGACCGGAUUCUAGUGGAGAAGCGCUGCUGGGACAUUGCCUUGGGUCCCCUCAAACAGAUUCCCAUGAACCUCUUCAUCAUGUACAUGGCUGGCAAUACUAUCUCCAUCUUUCCUACUAUGAUGGUGUGUAUGAUGGCCUGGAGACCCAUUCAGGCACUUAUGGCUAUUUCAGCCACUUUCAAGAUGCUAGAAAGUUCAAGCCAGAAGUUUCUUCAGGGUUUAGUUUAUCUCAUUGGGAACCUUAUGGGUUUGGCAUUGGCUGUUUACAAGUGCCAGUCCAUGGGACUACUGCCUACACAUGCAUCAGACUGGUUAGCCUUCAUCGAGCCCCCUGAGAGAAUGGAGUUCAGUGGUGGGGGAUUGCUUUUGUGAAUCUGAAAAAAAAAGUACCUGGCACCUUAUGUAUUUGGAUAUCAUUUACAUACUUCUUUACACCCAGUGGCUCCUGACAGAUUAUUCUCAUGAUGAAAAGAAUCAGAAGUUCUCUUUUCUCCAUGAUGAGGAAACAAAUCAUAGAAGGACAAUGUUCAUAUUGCUAAAAACACAAAG